CUGAAGCAGGGAACACACCUAACGUUCCAUUCCCCGUUUCAAACUUUCCCUCCCAAAACGAAAAGAUUUGAAUCCGAAUUGAUUAUACGUCUCCCAGAAAUUGUCUUCAUUCGAUCCAUCUCCAUUCGAUUCUUGAUUCAACACGCUCCCCCGCAAUCACGCUUCAGCAGUCCCCCCGCCCUCCGUUCACGCCAUGGAAGAAGCUGAAUCCGACCCCGAUCUCGGGUUCGGUUCCGGCUUCGGAUUCGGAUCCGGAUCGAUCCCUCCGGCCCUGGUGUCCCUCGCCCCGUUCACGCCCGCGCCAUCUCCGGCGGCGCGCCGGCUUUCGAGCCAGUUCGCCCAGCCGAGCCGCCCCGUCGCCUCGGCGCGCAGGCUUGCUUACGUCUCCCUCCAGGGUCGGCUCGUGAAUGCGGAAGAGGCGACCUCGGCCAGGGCGAUCGGCGGCGGCUUGGGCCGGGAGGAAGUGGCCGCCUGGGAGCUGUUUAGCCCCAUCCAGAGGGUGCUCCUGGUUGCCGUCGUUGGCGUGGCCGUGGCGGAGUCGAGGAAGAAUCGGCUGAUUCUGCAGCUCAGGAACUCUGUGGAACUCAGGGAUCAGAUUCUGUCAAGCAUGCAGCAGAAGCUUGACAAUUUGUGCCAGCAAGUCCAUAAUGUCAAGGACCGAGAGGGAACUGGCGCGGAAGCACCUGUUGCCAAGAACUUUGGGUUCCCGUUUGAUGCAACCUUUGAAUCAAACGGAAUCGAAUUUGUCGAUUGUGGUUGUUGGUUAUGUGAUCAGCACCACAAACAGUUCGGUGGACUGAUGAGUGAUUCUACUAUGAGAGUUUCCAAUGGGAAUGAUAACCACCAGUCAAAGAUGACCUUCACAGAAGAAGCGGAACCAGAGGAACGACGCAUGUCUGACUUGUCGGAUUGGGCUUCAAGUGUGACAUCUGCAACUGAACUUCAGACAAGUGCUAUAGCUAUAGAACAAGACGUAUACAUUCUGAAGAGAGAGUGUGAAGAAAAGGACGCAACAAUAAAGGAGCUCACUGGCUUUCUGCAAUCAUGUGAUGCUGCUGGCUCCAAGAGGAUUGCAGAACUUGAAGACAUUAUACGCAGGAAGAAUGUGAUAAUUACAAAGCUCAAGAAGGACAUGGUAAUUCUGGAACAAAAGGUUGUUCACCUCACAAGACUGCGAAGACCCUCUUCGCAAAUAGAUACUGAUACCAGCACCAGACAGUUCCCCAUCAUGGCAGAUAACCUCCUUUAUGACAUGGACAGUUCAACUAGCCCUUCCUCUUCUGAUUCGGACAGCUCUCCUAAAACCAGACCGCAGGCAUUUAUCGCCAAACAGCAGGAGACACCAGCAGAACAAUGGGGAAAUACUCCGAGGAAAAACCAUAAUUCGGUAGCGGAAAAGACCUCUAGUUUCACAAUGAAAUCAGUUGGAGGACGCCUCAGGUCUAGAUCAGUAAGUCCCCUUAAGGAAAUUUCGACAAAUGAAAAAUUGAGUAAGAUCUCUUCAGAGCGGCAAAGGCAGCUGCCGUCUGCUGGAGGAGAUUCCAAGAGGAACAGGAAGCAAACUAAUACCGCAUCGAAGGAUGUAAUCGCCAGGAAGCGAUGGUUUUAGUGAAAGUGGGACUUUUCGACCAAUUUGUUUUUUAGUGCCGGUAAAAACUAUUGAAGAAUCUAGUUAAGCAUCUUGCUGGAUCGACCGACAUUAUGAAUUAUUCAAAGCAAGUGAUGUUUCUGUAUCUGCAAAUUCUAAAUGGCAAUCAGUUUUGUGCUA